AAAACGCGCACCACCAACAAUUUCAAAACCAAAAAACGUAUCUAUAUAUAACAACAAAGAGUCCCGGCACAAAAAUUACCUCGGCUAAUUUCUUCUCAACUAAACUAACACAGAUUUAAAUAGAAACAUAAAUAAAAUGGCGGGCCGCGACAAUUUCCAGCUGCGUUUCGCGGCUGUCGCGGCAGCCGCCGCCGUAUUGAUCUUCCUCGUUUCAGGGCAAGUCGCGGAGGCGUCGCGUAUGAUGAACAUCUGCUCUCACACCUCGUAUCCAUCUCUGUGCAGGCCUUUGGUGAAGCGUGUCACGAACCCAAGAAGAGCUACGCACCGAACCAUCCAGGCUUUGGAGGCUAAGACGAAACUGGCUCUAGCCGAUGCGGCUAGGUACAAAGACGGUAACCAAGCGAUAGCCACGUGUUACGCGACGCUGAGCGACGCGGUCUACAAUCUGGAGAGCGCGAGGAAGAGCAUAAGGAAACGCGAUGUGCUGGCGAUGAACACGUUUCUAACUGCGGUUGUGUCUGAUUACGGCGCGUGUAUGGACGCGUUUAUUGAGACGAAACAGGUUAAUACGGUCCAGAAUGUAGUGGUUGACCUGAGGAAAAUUAGCAGCAAUUGCUUGUCGUUGUCUACAUUGAUUAGAUGAUCAACAUUUUAUUAUUAUUUUGUUCUCAAAAACAAAGACUACUAAUUAAUCUCGUAUAAAUGAAGAAGAAGAAGAAGAAGAAACAAAAAUCUUAACUAAUUAAAAAAAUGGGUUUUUUCUUUGUUGUCGUUUUUGUUUUUGGGGGAGCUGUUUGUUGAUCAUCAUUAUUCGUCGUGUAAACGCCACUGGGUGUAAUUGAUUUAUAUUUGAUUUCGUGUAAUUAAUUGCUAUUAGAAUUUUUUUCUUUU